AUGUUCUCCAUAACGACGGCCCCCGCCAAGCAGCAGUCUGUUAGCGAUACCAUCACUAUCUUAAGCGGUAGGCUCAGCUCUGCCACCCUCCUCGAGGAUCGCCGGGCAGCCAUUCAGGGUCUACGGAGCUUCUCCAAAGACUUCCCCGCUUCGGUCGCUUCAGGUGCCCUCCGAAGUCUCAUCGGCUGCCUGGGAAAAGAUGGCGAGGACCUCGACACGGUAAAGGUGGUCUUGGAGACCCUCCUUAUGCUGUUCAACCCCAACGACGAUAGCCCCGAAGCCUCGGACGAAAUCGUGCUCUGGCUUGCAGACGAAUUUACCCAGAGGCAGGAGAAUAUCACCUUGCUCCUCAACUUUCUCGAAAACGCCGACUUCUACGCCCGCCUCUACUCGCUGCAACUCCUCGCCGCCAUCCUCGCCGCCCGUACGCAGCGGACGGAAGAAUGUGUCUUCACGGCGCCUCAUGGCAUCUCUCGCCUAGUCGCAGUCCUGGGAGACGACCGAGAGGCGAUCCGAAACGAGGCCAUCGGCUUCCUCAUCGCUCUCACACCCACCUCGACCGAGAUUCAGAAGCUCGUGGCGUUUGAGAACGCGUUUGAGAUGGUCUUUGCCAUCAUCGAUGCCGAUGGAUCCCUGUCCGAGGGCGGCAGGACCGUCGAGGACUGCCUCAUCUUCCUCGCCAAUCUCCUUCGCAGCAAUCCCUCCAACCAGGCCCUAUUCCGAGAGACGGGUUUGAUCAGCAAACUGAAUACCCUCCUGAAAACCGGUCUUGUCACCCCACACCCAGAUGGUGCUGAUAUCGCCGCAUGGGCCCAGGUGCAGCGCAAUCGAAACAUUUAUGCCUUUCUCGCCGUGAUACGCCUCUUCCUACAAAGCGGCUCCGUUGGUGUGCUGCAGAAUCAAACAGCUACCUGGAAGCACGGAUUGUUGUACAGCGUUCUCCAACUAGGCUUCAGCGCUCAUUUUGACAGCAUUCCCAUAAAAGCUGAGGCCCUCCUGACCUGCGGCGACAUGAUUCGAAACGCCAGGGCCCUUCAAGAAUCCUUUGCCCAGCUUACCGUUCCGACCCCCAUCCACGAGGCGCUGGCCGCGACAUCAUCGGAGCAGCAACCAGCGCCCGAAACUACCUAUGUGAUUGACGGUCUCCUCGAUCUGAUUUUGAACACGCACGAUCAACGAAUGUUCGACCUGCGAUUCGCUGCUUGCGAGUGUCUCAAGGCGUACCUAUCAAACCACGCAGAAGUUAGACUUCACUUCCUCAGCCGAGCGAUUGAUGGCUACCAGGAAGGACCCCACGAGUCUGCCAACAUUUUGAGCGUGCUUCUCAGGCCGACCAAUGGAGUGGACGCUACUGAUCCCUAUCGACAGUGGUUUGCUGCUGUCAUUGCCUUCCACUUGCUGCAUGACAAUAUCCCAGCCAAGGCCAAGGUCCUGGCGGUGACCGAGGGAGAUUCGGAACACGGUGAGGAGGUUGUGACCAGUAUUCAAACCGUUACUGCACACCUGAUAUCGGGCAUUAGCCGUGGAGAUGAUGCUCGCAUGCUCGUCGGCCACUUGAUGCUACUGCUCGGCUGGAUGUUCGAAGACAUGGAUGCAGUCAACGAUUUCUUGGCAGAUGGUAGCAAUGUCCAAAGCUUAAUACAGGCGGUAAUCCGGCCGUUCAACAUGGAAGCCGAGCUGGUGCAGGGGUUGAGCGCCAUGUUGCUUGGCGUCGCCUACGAAUUCUCCACCAAAGAUUCACCCAUCCCGCGGACGACUCUACACUCCAUUCUAACUUCGCGACUUGGUCGCGACAAAUAUUUAGACCGGCUGGCAAGCUUACGAUGCCAUCCGCUCAUCCGAGACUUCGAGGUCUUGUCUCACAAGCAGGAUGCCUCAAGUCCCGGCGGCUUGCCGAGGGUCUUCUUCGACGCCGCCUUUGUCGAUUUCCUGAAGGACAACUACAACAGAAUAGCACGCGCCAUCGACAGAUCUCCCGAGUUCGAGAUUUCAGUCGUCGCCAACGGUGUGGAGAAGGGUAUUUCGAGGGAACUCGUCGACUCGCUGCGCCAGCAAGUGGAGGAGAAGGAGCGCGCUUUGCAGGAUGCUACUAGCAAUGCGGUAUCGUUGCAGAGUCUUCUGGAACAGAAGCAGGCGGAAUCUUCUCGAGUGGCAGAUGAGACCGCUCGUGAUAUGGCGCAGCAUCGAAGCUCUCGUGAAGCACUUCAGAAGUCCCAUGAGGCAGAGAUGAGCACGCUUCGUGGCCAGAUGGAAGUCAUGAAGACUCAACAGGAAGCCCAGAUCGCCUCGAUACGAGCAGAAAUGGCCGCGAAAGAGGCUGGGCAUCAGAACCGCCUCGACCAAACUCGUGGAGCAGCUCAGCAAGAAGCGGAGCGCUUGCAGAGGCGCCUCGGGGCCGAGGCGGCUGAUUUGCGAGCUACCAUCAGUCGUCUUGAGGUAGAUUUGGUCAAGGUGAACAAGAGCAAAACGGAUGACAUGAAUGCCUUGCGAGAAGAGAACGCCAAACUCCUUGCGGAGCAGGUGGCGCGAGGAGAUGAGGCUGCAAAACUCGCUCGCCAGCUAGAAUCGCAGAUUGAACUGGCCGAGCGAAAAGUAGCGGAAAUGGAUGGCAAGCUCAAAGCGGCCCAAUCAUCGGCAUCUGAUGCCAUCGAGUCGAAAGAUACCACCCAGGGAGAACUCGAUGACCUCUUGAUAGUAUUUGCCGACUUGGAGGAGAAAGUAGAGAGAUACAGUGCCCGCCUUCGUGAACUUGGCGAUCCUAUGACGGAUGGGGAAGAUGAAGGCCCCGGUGACGAAGGCGACUGA